AUGGAAUUUAAUGGAGCUUGUUUGAUUGCAAUUUUAGUGGUACUCAGUAGUGUUGGCACAAUCUACGCAUUUGAUCCUGAUAUUCUCACCGAUUUCGUUGUUCUGGUUGGACAGAGUUUCUUCACUUCCAUGGGAUUCCGAGAUGUGCUAAAAAAUAAUUUAACAGGGCAAACAGCAGUAAAAGUGAUGAAGGUGGUGGCGGCAGAGUUUCCGAUGCUGAAUGGGUUGGCCAUGUCAAUGGCGACCCUCACUAAAGGGGAUUUAUUUGUGUUUCCAAAAGGACUCUUCCAUUACCAACUGAACACGGAUGCUGACAACGAGGCCUUGGCUGUUUCUGCAUUUGGAAGCGCCAAUGCAGGCACCGUGUUAAUCCCUUCUACUCUCUUCACAACCAGUAUCCCCGACGAUGUUCUGGCCAAAUCAUUUAAGAUAAACACACAGACUAUCGAGCUGCUCAAGGGUGGCCUUUAA